AUGUUGACCGCGUGGAGGCGCCUUCAUGUGUGGGCAUUGAGUUCAGUGCUGGUCGAUGCGAAGUAUGGACCCGCGGACGGCACCUUCCACACCAAACCAGGGCUCAGCACGGGGCUUUUCGAUCGGCGAUUCGAAGAGCCGCUGGUUGAGGACGAAAAACGCCGCCACCUCGUGAAGUCCAAAGAGUUCUCCCUCGAUGACGGAAGCUUCACUCCAGGAGAAGUUGAGGUGGUGCUGUUUGACGUGUACUCACUGGACAGCUUUGUUGCUUGUUGUGCGGCCCGAGCAGCAUUGACGCAGCAUGCCCAAUUUGAAGGAGUGACCAUUCUUGCAGACGAGAAUGCGGUGAGGGGCUCUGGCAGAGGGCCGGUAGAGAAAGUCAAGAUGUUGAGCGAGGGAGAUCGUUUGCGGGAGGAGCACGAGCUUCAAAUCAACUCAUUGAGCACAACAAUUGUUGAGCUGACCAAAAAGUUGCGGAAAGAGACAGGCACAAAGAAUGUGCAGAUUUUCGAGCAUGCUGAACAGAACAACUACUUUGAUGAAGAGAAUGGUCCCAGCAAAGGAGUGGCAGGCUCACAGUGCCUUGGUUGCGACGGAGAACGCGACAACCUCUCCGAUCCGGAGAGUUGGCAGAUGAAUACCAUGAAUGUCAAAGUAUCAGAUGUUGCUGCGAUGUUGCUGGGUGUUUUCUUGAGGUUUGCACACUUGGGCAUCCUCCAGAGCAAUGCCCAUUGGUAUGGAGAACAGCACGAGAGUUGGUACAUGAAAUUCCGACGGUUUGUGCAAAGUGCAUUGUUCGAAACCACUUUCGCCGGCCUCAUCGUGUUCAAUGCACUGGUGAUGGCUGCUGAUGUCCAACGAGCAGGCGUCGACAUCGGUGCAAGUUUGGGGUAUGCCGACUACCAAAGAGUGGAGACAUCCUUGCCUUGGGCUGAGUCAGCUUUUACGGUGCUUGAGUAUAUUUUUGGUGUGGCCUUUACGAUGGAAAUAUUGUUGAAGAUUUUAGCGCUGGGCUUGUCCUUCGCCAAAGACCUAUGGAACUGGUUCGAUACCUUCCUGGUUGCCUGUUGGUACGUGGACACAGUCGGGCAGGAUUUGCUUCCUGUGAAUACCACGCUCCUGCGCUUGCUUAGACUGAUGAGGUUCACGCGGUCUAUGUUGUCCAUGUUUGAGAUCACCCUGGGGAACUGGCCUCCGGUGUGCAGGCGCUUGUCAGAGAAGGUGUCUGAGUGGUUUAUGUUGUUAUGCAUCUUGCACAAGCUGGUGAUCGGUUUCGCGGUGGUGGGUGUGAUCAACGGCGUCUUCAUUCAGGAGACCUUCAAGGUGGCAUCAUCGGACAACCAGAUCAUGAUGAGGCAGAAAGAGAGGUCUUCAAACCUUCAUGAAAUGAAAAUGAGACAACUGUUCCUGGAGGCAGACAAUGAUGGUGAUGGAUUUGUCAGCGCAGAGGAGUGGAGGGAACUGGUAAGCCAUCCAGCUGUACAGCUUUGGCUCGGUUCAAUGGACCUAGAUGCAGCUGACGCAGAUGGUCUCUACAAGUUGAUACACGACUUGGAUCAAGAUGGAGACCUGACCAUGGAUGAAUUGAUUAGGGGCGUUGCACGGCUCAAAGGGGCGGCGAGAAGCUAUGACUUGCAGAUGCUCCUGCGGCAGGUUUCGGCACUCACCGACUCGGUGGACAAUUUAAACAAAAGACUCGUCAGCAAGAGUCGGGGGAGCUUGGAGACGAUGGGUCAGGACUCGAGCAUUCCACAGCGUUUGAGUUUUCUGAUGCUGUCUGCAUUUUUGGCAUACGUAGUUGCUUUGGUCAGCCGAACUCAUAGGGCAGCUCAUGUGCAGUCCGACAGGGCAGCCCUGGCGUUUGUCAGUACCGUCAGACAGGGCCACGACGAUGGCAUGUCACGCCAGGAUUCAGAGAACAUUAAUGACACUGGCGGCGAAGGACAAUUGGCUCAUUUGAUGAAAGGAGCUGCGUGGAUUGAUUCUUCAGUGGAGAGAUCUCCCAGAGAUUUCAUGCUUCACAUGUCGUCCCAGCACUCACGAAUGUGA